CCUGGAAAGUCACAAAACUUCCUCGCUCACUGCAGCAGCAAACAUCCCUCACAUCCUGUGGGCAGCUCUUAUAUAAACUCCUGUCCAACAUGAACGAAAGUCAGAAAAUGUGAGCAAAAGGUGAAACGAAAGUGAAAGCAUGAAAACCAUAUAUGGUUUUUCCCUCCCGAAGUCUGAGGCCUUUAUAAAAGUGAAGUCACCUCGCAGUCUGCAUUACUGGGGAGAGCAAGAGAGAGGAAAGGUAUGUGAACACACACUUUGUUUCUUUUGCUGUAUUUGAAAAGUUUAUCAGGAUACCAAUAUAGAAGAGCACAAGUUAUUGAAAAGUCUGAUUUAAAGUUUACAACUGAAACUUUAGCUGUGGUUAAAAUGACUUUUGUGAAUAAUUCAUCAGAGAGAGAUAUAAAGGUAGAAGGAAGGGUUAAAAUAUCAUCAAAUACAGAGAAAACUAAGAGGUGUGGACGGAGUUCACUCAGUAUAUGUCCGUAUAAAGUUUUAAACAUGCUCCCUUUAGUUCCACAGGGUGGGCUUGCUGACUAAAAAAGUCUAUGUAGAAAUGCAAGGCUGAGACUAAGACGUUGUCCCAGUAGUUUAAAACAUAGUAAUGUGGUGUAAAAAAAGAUAAGAUAAAUCUUCAUUAGUGCCACAAGGGGAAAUUCCCACAUACAGUUCAUCCUUUCCGAGAAACACACAGUAGACAGAUGCAUACAGGGUGACUGAAACAGGAAAACUGUCGGAUCGCCAGCCUGACCGGCGCCCCUUUCUUAGAUGAGAAAAAGGAGAACAAAUAAGACAACAAAAUAAACAUUAACCCUUUUUCAAAGUAGUCACCUGUCAAAUGUGCGAAUAUUUCCCGUUGUCUGUUUUAUUUAUGAUUUUCAAAAAUUAAGGCCCAACAGGAAAUGGUUGAAUGCUUAGGUGGCUGUGUUCUCAUGUGAUCUAAUUGGCUGUCAAAUGUGUUUUAUCAUUUCAAAAUAGGAUUUUUUAAACUCUCCUGAUCAUGUUUGUCUUCAAUCUGUGUAGCGAUUCAUCAAUAAGGAAGCUGGGAAAUGACUGCAAUUAAUCUGAAUAUUGACAUUUACAUGCCUUACAACAUGGAACAGAGUCAUAAUACAUGAUAACAAUUCAGAAGUUUGAAAAUUAUACAUCGCCAUUGUCAAGCAUGUACACACUUACAUUAAGACAUAGCUGGCUUUGCAUGACAGCACAAUGUUAAAAAGUGAGCUCAUCUCUGGACUAAAAAACAACUCUCUUACAGUGACUCUGACAACAUGCAGUACCAGUGGGCUGAAGAUGACUUUCACCUGCCUGCUGGAGUUUUUCGAUUGGGUCUCGCUGAGCCUGAGAGCGGUAGAACCUACAUUAUGUACCAUGGCACCACCAGGCAGGCUGCUCAGUCCAUCUUAGCCACAGGUUUUCGCCGGUCUAAAGGUGGGAUGCUGGGACCUGGUGUCUAUCUCACCAGAGACCUGGAGAAAGCAAGCCGCUAUCCCAUAGAUCACCCUGUGUGGGACAGGGUCGUCAUUAGAGUCAAGGUCAAUGUAGGGAAGGUGAUCAUCAUCAACCACCAGGGACACCAACUACAGAAAUGCUGGCAACACUAUGGAUAUGACAGCGCCUGGGUGCCACCAAUGUGUGGGAUGGUGAAGAGCGGUUUGGAGGAGAAUUGUGUCUGGGAUCCAAAUCGAAUCGAUAUCAUUGAUACCAUAAAGCCACAGCCUGUGCCGCGUCACGGUGCAUGUGGUGACAUGUGGUGACAUGUGAGCCAAAAAAGCUGUUACCAGUUAAUUUACAUUGUACAGAUGUAUCAUUAUGCAUUUGUUUUCAUUUUAUUGGCAGUGUAUUUUUACUUUGUCAGUGUAUCCUGGAAAAUAAAUUGGUCUUAUUAAA